AAACAUCUUUGCCGGUGCGUGUCCACUUUUCGUCUGCUGGCGUGGCCGAGGAUCGGAGGCAAACUUUCUUGAAAUAGCCGACCGCAUGUCCAGUUGUUUUAAGCCCAAAACAUGGUUCCCAAAUUGUUCCAGUGGCUUAUUGGCGUCAGCCUGUUGAUGUCAGUAUGGUUCAGCCUAGUCUUUGGCUACGUAAAACUUGAUAUGCCAGGAAACUGCCUUGAUGUUGUGCAAGUGAUGCCACUAUAUCUGUUGAUGUGUUUUGCUUGUUAUUCCCUGGCUGUGGUAGGAUACAGGGUGGCGACAUUUAAUGACUGUGUGGAUGCAUCAGAGGAACUGAAAAGGCAAGUAAAGGAAGCCAGAGCCGAUUUGAAGAAAAAAGGAUUUAAAUAUGCCGAUUAACAACAUUAAUUAAAAUUCACAAAAAUAUUUUUCUAUUUUUGAUGCAACAUUUUCCAAUGUGAACCAAGUCCUUGACAUUGAAAGUUCAUUUUCGUGAAACAUUUUGUUUUAGUAGAGCAUUGAAUGCUACACAGUGGGUUAAAGAUCUGCAUAUAACCAAUGGAAGAAACGGGAACUUCAGUAGACUGUUUGUGCCAAAGUCUACUGGUUAACUCUUCUCCAGUGCGAGGAGUACAUGUGCUGUAGAUAUUCUUAUUGUCAUUUCCAUUGCCAAAUAGUACCCUUAUCCUGAUGGUUGCAGAACACAUUACUUUAGCCUGUACAGGUACUUUACUAUCAUAGAGUAGACUCCCCUAUCUCCAUUUGGAAGUAGGGCUGGGACAAUUCGCCGAUACAUCGAUGUAUCACGAUACAUUACAUUUCGAUACGACUAUUGAUUCGUGGGUCUAUGUAUCGAUACAAAACGAUACACAGCUGAUAUACUACGAGUAACAAAACGUAUUGCCAAAUAGUUCUGCUGUUCAGAUGACAUUUAGAAUGCAUUUUUAUUGCAGAAAAUCCAGGUAUUUAGUUGUGACGUUUUUUUUGUAUCGUAUCGUACGUAUCGUAUCGUGACCCCACUAUCGUGAUACGUAUCGUAUCGUGACCUUGUGUAUCGUCCCAGCCCUAUUUGGAAGUAACAACCGUUUAGUUCAAGAUAUUGUGAUUCGAGAUACAGAUACCAAGGGUGGAGCAGCAUUUUAAAAAAGAGGGGUCCAAAAUAUCAAACUCCUCUCUGUCAAUUUUGGUGCCUACAACAUACUACAUUUGGUUUUCUAAAUCCCCAGGACCCCACUCUUGAUCCGCCUAUGGAUACAAACAUUUUACCAAUAUUAUUUUCAUUCUUGGCAAUUACUGCUUGUGAAACGUCAUGAUAACAUCUCACUAGUCAAGAUUAUUUUGUGACCUGUGUUAAAACCAAAUAAUUACUACUUGACCAGUUUACCAAAUCAUCCGACACAAAUGUUAGAUGUGUAUGUUUAGCAAUGGAUGAGUAUGAAGUCAUUAUCAAUGUGCUAAGUAAUUGUUUGAUCUUAGAAAUGAGUGUGUAUGUGAAUCAUUUAUGUUUAAAAUUGAUGUUUAAUUUAAAAAUACAAAUUAUAUAGCUUUUUAGUGACCCAGUUCAUGAUAUAUGAGCAAAUGUAAUUAUAUGUAUGUAGGGAGACUUUUGUUACAGAUGGUUCAGUUUGAGAUAGGUAUAACUUUCCAGAUUGAUGGAGUCUACUGUAUGUGUGUAAAAUACACCAUUCAAGGGGGCCUAGUCAUCUAAGAUUUCACAAUUUGGUGUUCAGAGUUGCAUCCCUUAGGUGUGCCAGAAUCCUUUCAUUGGGUUCGAAAUCCAGGUUCAUCUCGAUAAGUUCAUCAGCAUCAAAACCAUGACUUUUCCUCCUACCGA